AUGGCCUUCAAGCUGAUCUGUGUGGUGGCUGUGCUAGCUUUGGUGACAAAAGAGUGUGACUCGCAGCUCUCUGUGUGUGGUCGACCAUCACUCAACACCAGGAUUGUCGGAGGAGAGGCAGCCCCUCCAGGCAGCUGGCCCUGGCAGGUCAGUCUGCACAUCUCUAAACAUUUCUGUGGAGGAUCUCUAAUCAACGACCAGUGGGUUCUGACCGCUGCUCACUGUGUUGAAAGCUUCUGGAAUUCACCAAAUAACGUGUCAGCAUAUCUUGGUCGCCAGAGUCAGGAAGAAUCUAACCCAAAUGAAGUCAAUCGGAGAGCAUCAAAUAUCACUAUUCACCCUGACUACAAUUCUUCAACCGUAGACAAUGACAUUGCUCUUAUAAGGCUUUCUGAACCAGUGAAUUUCACCAGCUACAUCUCACCAGUCUGUCUAGCUGCCUCAGACAGCACCUUCUACAGCGGGGUUGAGUCCUGGGUAACUGGCUGGGGAAACAUUGGAACUUUUGAACCCCUUCCAUCCCCUGGAAACCUUUUGGAAGUGGAGGCUCAGAUUGUGGGAAAUGGUCAAUGCAGGUGUGACUAUAGUGACCUGGGUUAUAUAAGUAUUACAGACAACAUGAUAUGUGCUGGGUUUCAAGAAGGAGGGAAGGGACCCUGUUUUGGAGAUUCUGGAGGUCCACUGGUUAGUAAGCAGGGUGAUCGCUGGAUUCAGGCUGGAGUUGUGAGUUUCGGUGUUGGUUGUGCCAAGCCAUUUUUCCCAGCAGUCUAUGCAAGAGUUUCCCAGUACAAUGAGUGGAUAAACAGCCACAUCACCAGAAACCAGCCGGGCUUUAUCACCUUUAAAUCCAACGGGAGUGAAAGUGAUUUCAAUGUUUCCUGUACAAAACCAACCUUUGACCCAGUGAUAGUAAACAUAUCUGAAGUGUGUGGUCAACCAUCACUCAACACCAGGAUUGUUGGAGGACAGGCAGCUCCUCCAGGCAGCUGGCCUUGGCAGGUCAGUCUGCACAUCUUAGACCACUUCUGUGGAGGAUCUCUUGUUACUGACCAGUGGGUGCUGACUGCUGCUCAUUGUGUCGAAGGACAGGACGGGUCUCUAUCAUCGCACUGGUUUAAAUAUAAAAUAAUCAUGAUUUUGUUUUUUCAUUCUUUUGUCAGGUGGUAUAUGGCGCCGUCUCUUGUAACAGUAUACCUUGGUCGUCAGAGUCAGGAGGAAUCCAACCCAAAUGAAGUCGUUCGGAAAGCAACACAGAUCACUAUUCAUCCUGACUACAAUUCUUCAACUGUAGACAAUGACAUUGCUCUUAUAAGGCUCUCUGAGCCAGUAAGUUUCACCAAUUACAUCUCACCAGUCUGUCUAGCUGCCUCAAACAGCACCUUCUACAGCGGGGUUGAGUCCUGGGUAACCGGUUGGGGAACCAUUGGAAUUGGAGUUCCUCUUCCAUCUCCUCAAAACAUGAUGGAGGUCAAGGUGCCGGUUGUUGGGAACAGACAGUGUAUGUGUAGCUAUCCGGAAAAUAUCACUGAAAACAUGAUGUGUGCUGGAUUACAAGAGGGAGGAAAGGAUGCCUGUCAGAGGGAUUCAGGAGGUCCGUUGGUGAGCAAACAGGGUGACCGCUGGAUUCAAGCAGGAAUUGUAAGUUUUGGAGAAGGAUGCGCUGAGCCAGAUUUCCCAGGAGUCUACGCAAGAGUGUCCCAUUAUGAGAGCUGGAUCAACGGUUUGAUCAGCAUCAACCAGCCAGGCUUCAUUACCUUCACAUCUGAAGGGACUGACAGUGACCUCAGCUUUUCCUGUACAGCACAAACUACAACCCAGAAACCAACUAAACCUAAUGCUGUAGUCUGUGGACAAGCCCCACUGCGUUCUCGUAUUUUGGGAGGUGUUUCAGUGACAUCAGCUGGCGAGUGGCCAUGGAUGGCGAGCUUGCAGAGAAAUGGCCAACAUGUCUGUGGAGGGACGCUAGUGUCUGAGAACUCUGUGCUGACCAAUGCUGACUGCUUUGUAGACUCAAAUGAGGCGUCUGAGUGGACAGUCGUAUUGGGUCGUCUGAAGCAGAACGGAUCAAACAAAUUUGAAGUGUCAUUGAAUGUGAUAAAUAUCACUAUGAGCAACCUGACAGGAAGCAACAUCGCAGUGCUAAAGCUGUCAUCCCCACCCCCCCUGAACGACUACAUCCAGCCCAUCUGCUUGGACAAUGGAAGAACUUUCCCAGUAGGGUCAGCUUGUUGGGCUGCUGGCUGGAGCUCUGAAAGAGGAGGAGAAGAACAAGCUCUGCAGCAGUUCGAGACAACAGUACUUGAUUGUGGGGAUUCAUCAUCAUCUGACAGCAUCUGCACACAAUCAUUCACCAUGGAGAAGACUGACUCCGGUGGUCCGCUGAUGUGCAACAAGGAUGGGACCUGGUUCCAAGCUGCAGUGCUAAACUUGGCGAACACCUCCAAUAGAAGCAGACGAGACAAGCCUAUGAUGAUCUUUGAUAAACUGGAUCGUUUUCAGUCCUUUCUGACUCGUACACUGGGAAUAUCGAAUAUAUUGUCUCCAGCCGUGAAUGCCAAUGACAGCAGCACUACCAGCACAACCCCCUUCACCACCUUGACAACCAAUGGGGUUUUGGUUUCUUACUCUCCAUUUUCUCUCUUAGGCCAUCUUCUUUUCCUUGUUUUAAGCCUUCAGUUAAGUGAUCUUUUUACUGCCUGAUUUACAAAAUAUGAAAAAACAUAAUCCUCUCAUAUAAUUCUGUCAUAUAGUAUAAAUCCUGUUUCUGCCUUUGGUUAAUCCAUGGAGACCUUC